AUGGCGGUUCAACAGCCGUUCUUGACCCUAAACAGCGGUUAUAAAAUGCCCCAGAUUGGCUUGGGGACAUUUAUGGCACCACCUAACGAAGUGGAAAAUGCUGUUCUAACUGCGAUUGAUACGGGUUAUCGCCACAUCGAUUGUGCCCACAUAUACGGAAAUGAAUGUGAAGUUGGAAAUGCCCUGAAGAAAAAAAUUGAUGAUGGAACGAUAAAACGUCAGGAUGUCUUCAUUACAUCAAAGGUAACCAAUCGGAAAUGUAAUAAGGAUUUAUGGUGUGACGCUCAUCGCCUGAAGGAUGUGCGUCCAGCAUGCGAAGAAAGCUUACGCAAGCUGGGACUGAAAUAUUUGGAUCUUUAUCUUGUCCACUGGCCCGUGUCCUUCCAUGUCAAAGAGGGCAGGAACUUCUCUAGGGACGAUCCAGAUGUACUGGAAUAUGAAGAGGUACCCUUAGAAGAGACGUGGAAGGGUAUGGAGGCCCUCGUUGAAGCUGGUCUCGUUAGGUCAAUUGGAGUUUCGAACUUCAACAAGACUCAGAUUGAACGGAUUCUGGCCAUUUGCAAAAUUCCUCCCGCGGUAAAUCAAGUUGAAGUUUCAGUGAACUGGCUAAAUGAGAAAAUGGUCUCGUACGCCCAUUCCAAUGGCAUUCAGAUCACGGCCUACGCCCCAUUCGGCUCUCCCGGUGUCAUGUCGGAUGCUCCACCUCUGUUGGAAGAAGAAUUUGUAAAGAAAAUUGCCAGUGCUCAUGGGAAGACCCCGGCCCAGGUUCUCAUCCGACAUGCAAUGCAACGCAACAUCAUAGUCAUACCUAAGAGUACAAACGGAAAGAGGAUUGAAUCAAACUUCAGUGUAUUCGACUUUGCCUUGACGACCGCAGAGAUGGAAACUCUCAAAGCAAACAGCCGCAACUGUCGUCUCUUCAAGAUCCCUUCUUAUCUGCUCUUCGCCCCGACCAACCUGUCCGACGUACUGAAUGAUUACCUUGUUGUUGGAUGCUCUUCGUGGAAAGUGGAGGAGGGCGUAGACCUCGUCCCUUAG